UUAUUCAAAAUGGGUGCAAUCUGUGGGAAAGGAAAGACACUAGACGUAAUCCAGAAAUCAUCAGGUGCAACCCCUUCUACAAAAAUUUCAAGCAGAGUCUUCCUAGAGGUAUCAGGAGGCGAUAGUAGUCUUGGAAGAAUGGAAUUUGAUUUAUAUAACUCGCAAUGACCGAAGACUUGUGAAAAUUUCAGGAAAUUAUGCACUGGGGAUAACAGCAAAGGCUAUACAUACAAAGGAUCUAUCUUUCAUCGGGUCAUCAAAGGCUUCAUGGCUCAAGGAGGUGAUAUUACAAAACAUAAUGGCACUGGAGGAGCAUCUAUCUAUGGAAAGAAAUUUGAUGAUGAGAAUUUAAGCCUAAAGCAUGAUAAAAGAGGCAUCCUCUCUAUGGCAAAUGCUGGUCCUAAUACCAAUAGUUCUCAAUUUUUCAUCCUUUUUGAUAAAGCUGAUUGGCUUAAUGGAAAGCAUGUUGUCUUUGGUGAGAUGGUCGAAGGUAAAGAAGUUUUAAACGCCAUUGAAAAUGCUGGAAGCAUAUCUGGACCGACAAUAUGUAAAUUAAAAAUAACAAACUGAGGAGAAGUUACUUCAAAGACUAAAGGUGAGACCCUUUGGUAA